UCCGGGAGGAUGACUAGGGAGCCAGGAAGCGGUGAGAUGGGAUAAGGACUGCGCUCAAGAAUCGCUUUUGCGGCUGGAAACCAAGCGAGAGGAAUGUGACAACCGCAGCCUCACGCCUUCAAUUCUUGCCUUCCCUGCUCAGGAGGGUGAAGGGGGACCUUGAUUCCCAGUGGCGGGGGUGUGCAGUGAGUAGGUCGGCCGCUCUGCACCUAUCUCUGCCCGGAGUCCCGAGGCGCUGGCCACGGUGCUGAAAGCAAUGCUCUCGGAGGAGGGAGGGAGGAGGAGCCGGGCCGCGCGAGGGGGGCGGAGCUCUCUGGUGCUCUCAGCUGGCAUUGGGGGCGGGGCAGGGCGGCGCCAGCAGGCCCGGGACCACGGCGGGUUUGAGAGGAGGUAGGAGACAGGAGACAGCCCGGCUAGAGCAAGAGGGGACACAGUCACCUGGACAAGCUUCCCCUGAAGAGGCCAAGGUCAUCUUCCCCGUCCUAUUAGUCCUCUUUUUUCUACCUUGGAGGGAGCCUUACCUUGUGCCCUGACCUCCGCCUUCUCUCCAAACUUGGCUGAGGGGUGACCCACUUCCGGGCCUCCAUCCAUCUGCAAAGCCACUUCCAGCCCACAAGUCCCCAGCCCAGGACCCAGUGCCGUCACCAUGGUGAAGUUGCUGCCUGCCCAGGAGGCAGCCAGGAUCUACCAUACCAACUAUGUGCGGAACUCGAGGGCCGUAGGUGUGAUGUGGGGCACACUCACCAUCUGCUUCUCCGUGCUGGUCAUGGCGCUCUUCAUCCAGCCCUACUGGAUAGGUGACAGCGUCAGCACACCCCAGGCAGGCUACUUUGGCCUUUUCUCCUACUGCGUGGGCAACGUGCUGUCGUCUGAGCUUAUCUGCAAGGGUGGCCCGCUGGACUUCUCCUCCAUCCCCUCUAGAGCCUUCAAGACUGCCAUGUUCUUCGUGGCCUUGGCCAUGUUCCUCAUCAUCGGCUCCAUCAUCUGCUUCAGCCUGUUCUUUGUCUGCAACACGGCCACUGUCUACAAGAUCUGCGCAUGGAUGCAGCUGGCUGCGGCCACAGGCCUGAUGAUUGGCUGCCUGGUCUACCCAGAUGGUUGGGACUCAAGUGAGGUACGGCGCAUGUGCGGGGAGCAGACCGGCAAAUACACACUGGGCCACUGCACCAUCCGCUGGGCCUUCAUGCUGGCCAUCCUCAGCAUUGGAGACGCCCUCAUCCUCUCCUUCCUGGCCUUUGUGCUGGGCUACCGCCAGGACAAGCUGCUCCCUGACGACUAUAAGGCCGAUGGACAAGAGGAAGCCUGAAGCAACAGGAGUGUUGGUCAUCUAUUUCCCUGACAAUGGAAAAUGAGGGAAUCAAAUUCUUCAGAAACAGAAACUUGUUCCUUCCAUGCUUCCCUGUAUCUGCUGCUCUAGGCCUGAAAUCCUGAAGCCUUUCAUUAUAGGAUGCCAAUCUCCUGAGACAAGACCUCUUACUGUAUCGGGAAAACUCCAGCAAGGAAGAACUGCAGUGACCACAUACAAGAUGUUCAGAGACACGUGUUUAACUCUCCUGACUGGGGACCCACUUUCGCUUCCUAUCCUUUCACACCAGCAAAUUGCUUUACCCUCUUGAGGCCUCUCCGUAAAAUGAGAGCAGGAUGAGUCUAUGUCUAGGGGCCUCCCAGGUGCAUAGAACAGCCUCACUUCAAAUUCUUUCUACAGGAACAUGUCUGAUUUCAGAACUAUCCAUCAAGGAUCGAUGAACGGCUGGCCAGUUAUUCAGGGUAACAUGUUUACGAGUUAAAUGGAUUGCAUAAUUGCACCACUUUUUCCUUUGCCUUUGUUGGUAGAUAAAUGACAGAAUCUAGAUUCCAAUCUCCUGUAAAGGAAGUUGGCUACCUAACAGUCUCAUCGGUGCUUUGCUAGUAGAGCCUCAAGUUGCACCUCCUCGGCUUUCUGUAAAUCAGAGUCCUGUAGCCGCUUCUGGAGAAUGCUGUAAUCCCCAAGGCCCACUUGGUCCGUGCAGAACAAGCAGCUGUGACCCCAAUCCUGUCCCUCUUUUGCUUUUCAAUAUGAUCCGAGGAAUAUAUGUAAUGUCUAGGGCAAGUCUAGGAGAGGCCCAUCCUAAAAUAAUAUUCACAACGCCUUUUCUCAUUAAAAAAAAAAAAAAAAAGCCUCAAGUACAUUUCAAU